AUGUGUUCACAUCUGAUUACGGAACAUUUGGAAGUGACCCUGGAAGAUUAUCAUGCCAAGUUAGAAUUGUGUUCGAACAAUACAACAGUGGCAUGUCUGAUUCAACGCGGGUCAUACCACCAGAUGAACUCUAAGUUGUCUGGUACACCUGCCCUGCGCAAAUUCUUGGAUAUACCGGACCAGGAAACAAUGACAGAAGCGAGCUCCCUUUUCCGCGGCAGAAAUCCCAAAAAUGUACCCCGUUUUAGAAAAGAGCUCCUAUUUCGCGUCCAGUAUCCCGAUCAAAGCGAGACGAACGCUGGUCUUUCCGAUUCAGCAAUGGAGAAUUGGUUUCUUUUCGGUGGCUCUCUUCUUAGCUGUGGUAUCCAUUGCACAAAUAAGAUAGAAGCACCUGGCGUAGAACAACGGGUCAAGAGAGUUAGCUAUUUGGCCUACCUGGUCGUCCUGUAA